AUGGCUCCUCCAAGUGUUCUGAUGGUGGGAACGGGAGAAUACACCACUGGUUUCGUGGACGGGCACGCAUCCGGUUCUGACAAGAAAGUUGGUGUUGUGGGCCUGACCCUUUUCGAUCUGCGUAGGAGAGGUAAAGUUGCAGACGACCAAGUGGACCCAGAGGCCUACAAAACCGCCAUCGAUGCUCUACCCCAGGGUUCCGCAAUCACAAUCUUCACCCCCGACACCACCCACUAUCCCAUCGCCUUGUACGCCAUCCAGCGCAAGAUCCACGUCUUGAUCACCAAGCCCGCUACAAAGCUGUUGAAAGACCAUCUCCACCUCCUCGACGAAUCGCGCAAGCACGGCGUCUUCGUCUUUGUCGAGCACCACAAACGCUUCGAUCCAGCUUACUCCGAUGCACGCGCCAAGGCACGCACCCUGGGCGAUUUCAACUACUUUUACAGCUACAUGAGCCAGCCGAAAAGUCAGCUCGAGACGUUCAAGACCUGGGCGGGCCGCGAUAGCGAUAUCUCCUAUUAUCUGAAUUCGCAUCAUGUGGAUAUCUGUGAGAGUAUGGUGCCGGAUUAUGCACCGGUGAAGGUGACCGCAAUGGCAUCGAAGGGUGUCGCGGUGGAGCUGGGUUGUGUGCCGGAGACGGAGGAUACGAUUACCUUAUUAGUGGAGUGGAGGAAGAAGGGCGAGCCGAGCAAGAUUGCUACGGGGGUUUAUACUGCCAGUUGGACGGCGCCACAAAAGGCUGGGGUUCAUUCGAAUCAGUAUUUCCAUUGGAUGGGCUCGAAAGGCGAAAUCCGAAUCGACCAAGCCAAGCGUGGCUAUGAUGUGACAGAUGAUAGCCAAGCUAACGUCGCCUGGAUAAACCCGUUUUACAUGCGCUAUGCCCCUGAUGAAAAAGGUAACUUCGGCGGUCAGACAGGCUACGGCUAUAUCAGCUUUGAGAAGUUUGUUGAUGCCGUAAGCGCCUUGAACGACGGACGCGUGACGCUCGAAGAGCUGGAUAAGCGUGGAUUACCAACCAUUAAGAAUACGAUCGUCACCACUGCAAUUUUGGAGGCAGGGAGAGUCUCGCUAGAUGAGAAGAGGGCGGUUGAGAUCGAAAGAUUGGGGGAAUCUUGGCGAUUGAAAUAA